ACCUUUACGUUGAGCGCUCUGGGCUGCCACGAUGCAUGCGGGUCUAAAGGCACAUCGACAAGUGCUCGGUUCCAGCCCCCACGUCCGAUGGAUUUUAAAGCUCUCAAAACACUGGCCAUUGGCAUUUAAACACAGCUCCAGCCUACCACACCACAAGACGGAGGAAUCACAUGGCGGAGAGGAGAAGCAAAGGGAAUGGGAUUACUACAAACACGACACCCAGAGUGCUGUGGAAGAGGGUCGCGUGUUGUAGUUUGUGACAGAGCAGUGGGUAUUGUAAGUUGGAAAUGGUUUGGAAAGUCGGUUUUCUUUGCGUUGCACUUGUUUCAGAGAAAGUGUGUCAGCGUGCUAUACUGAAUUGACACAUGAGCUUUGCCCUCCCACUCAGAGAGAAUCGGUUGGCCAGUGCAGUUCCCCUAAACUGUGCUUCUUGUACAAUGAUUUAUUUUCUUUUUUUUGAAUUCUGGGUAUGUUUUCUAACUUUAAAACAUGAAAUAAAAUUGGCCAUGACAAGGUCAAUUAAUUUGGCCAAGUCCAACUGCCUUGAGAAUGAAUAUAUAAAUAUAUAUAUAAGGAAAAUAUAUAUUUGUUUUGAGGGAAAUUGUUAUCAAAAAAUUAAAUGCUGUUUCUAUUUUAAUUGAUGACUGGUGAAUGGGUUUUUUGAUGAUUGUUUUCUUAAGAAAUGUUUUGGGUUUACUAUUGUUUCUUUUUUUCUAUAGAGUAUAGACUUUUUACACUUGAAAUAUAAAGACAACAGCUUAGAGACACUGGAUUAGAAAUGCCUUUAUAGUCAAAUACAGCUGCUUCUUGAAAUGCAUUAUUGUUGAGUCUUUCUUUCAAUUUGAAAAGUGUAUUUCUAAUCGAAUAGAGAAAAUGAUCAUCAGGAACUGCAUGCAGGAUCCUGCCAGGACUUCUACACCUCAACAGGCCAAUGGAGUUGAUUUUUCUCCAGUCGAUGGUAUGGAAGACCUGUGACCAAAUAAUACAAUUAAAUCUUGCAUUAUUUGUUCCAAAAUAAUGAGUUGUAUUCAUUGUAAUCAAAUACAUAUUAUGUGGGCCUGUUAUUCCUACCUGCACCAACACUACUUUGUUCCCGAGCAAUAGCCAGCCUAUCCCACCACUUACUACAUCAUUCGAUUUCCAACCCAUGUUUAAAAAUAGAUAUAUUCAAGUAUUGUAAGUUUAAUGAUCUAUUACCGAAUGACUCGUGUGAUGUGGUGUAGCCUAUUUUCUGUAUACAGACUUACAUGGAUGGCCAAUUAACCUAGUGAUUUAUAUAUUUUUAGGCAAUUAAUUAAAUAGGUUCCUUGUUCUCUAAUACAACCCCAAUCCGUGGUUAUUGUCAAAAAUCUGACGUAUGACAAGUGUUUAGGCAGCCAUUCUAAUUGGUAAAAUAGCCCGAGUGCUUCCCUAAUAGAAGGGGAGCGUGAGGAACUAGCCUACAUUCAGUAGGCCAAUUAUAUAUCCUCUCAAAAAAGGCGCUGUAUGGGGUGCGGGAAGAUUUGCGGGAGACUUACCCAAUAGCUCUAACUAUUCAGCUUUAAAAAUAAAUAAAAAUAAUGAUACGCAUGAAUUAACCAGUGGCUUCUAAGAUGGUAAAGCAGCACCAUUGUGAGUGAACCAUUGGGUUCUUAGUGGGUAGAGCAGCACCAUUCUGAAUUAACCAGUGGGUUCUAAGGUGGUAGAGCAGCCCCAGUGCGUCCUCCCAGCCUGAUGUCCCCAGUGAGGCUUCCGGACUGAAGAGCUUCUGCGCCGCUUCCGCCGCCAUUGCGGUUUUCGGAGUAAAGCUUGUGCCGCCGUAGCCGCUGCUCCUCUCCGAUGCGGUGGAUAUAACGCACGGACCGGGGGACAUAUUUGACAUUUCUGACAACGGAAUUUGUUUUUCAAACGUUCAAAAACACUCAGUUUUGCCGCCCUGAUCCGGCUUCGUUAUCUCCUCCCUGGCUCCGACCUACAGAGAUAAGGAGAGGUCGUAGCUAGCGCGGCUAAGCUACUCCCACUGUCAGCUAGCUGUAGAGCUACAACAUCAGCACCAUUGAGGGACCAAACUCAAGCAACAUGGCUCAAAUACUGCCUAUCCGCUUCCAGGAGCACCUGCAGCUGCAGAACCUUGGAAUCAACCCAGCCAACAUCGGGUUCAGCACUCUGACCAUGGAGUCUGAUAAAUUCAUUUGCAUCAGAGAGAAGGUGGGCGAACAGGCCCAAGUGGUUAUUAUUGACAUGGCCGACCCCAACACUCCCAUCCGCAGACCCAUCUCUGCAGACAGCGCGAUCAUGAAUCCAGCCAGUAAAGUGAUCGCCCUCAAAGCUGCAAAGACUCUACAGAUCUUUAACAUUGAGAUGAAGAGCAAGAUGAAGGCCCACACCAUGACGGAUGACGUGACGUUCUGGAAGUGGAUCUCCCUCAACACGGUCGCCCUGGUCACCGACAAUGCCGUCUACCAUUGGAGCAUGGAAGGAGACUCCCAGCCAAUCAAAGUCUUUGACCGUCACUCCAGCCUGGCCGGAUGUCAGAUCAUUAACUACCGCACCGAUGCCAAACAGAAAUGGCUUCUGCUGAUUGGUAUUUCAGCACAGCAAAACCGUGUGGUGGGGGCCAUGCAGCUGUACUCGGUGGACAGGAAGGUGUCCCAGCCCAUCGAAGGCCAUGCCGCGGGCUUCGCCCAGUUCAAGAUGGAGAGCAACACAGAGGAGUCCACUCUGUUCUGCUUCGCCGUGCGGGGACAGGCCGGAGGAAAGCUGCACAUCAUCGAGGUGGGCACUCCACCGACGGGCAACCAGCCGUUCCCAAAGAAAGCCGUGGACGUGUUCUUCCCACCGGAGGCCCAGAACGACUUCCCCGUCGCCAUGCAGAUCAGCUCCAAGCAGGACGUGGUGUUCCUCAUCACCAAGUAUGGCUACAUCCACCUGUAUGACCUGGAGACCGGCACCUGCAUCUACAUGAACCGCAUUAGCGGGGAGACCAUCUUCGUGACCGCCCCCCACGAGCCAACCGCGGGCAUCAUCGGGGUCAACAGGAAAGGACAGGUGCUGUCGGUGUGCGUGGAGGAGGAGAACAUCAUCCCCUACAUCACUAACGUGCUGCAGAACCCUGACCUGGCACUGCGCAUGGCCGUGCGCAACAACCUGGCCGGCGCCGAGGAGCUGUUCGCCCGCAAGUUCAACACCCUGUUUGCAGCAGGGAACUACUCCGAGGCGGCCAAGGUGGCAGCCAACGCACCCAAGGGCAUCCUCCGUACCCCGGACACCAUCCGGCGCUUCCAGAGCGUGCCCGCCCAGCCGGGCCAGACGUCCCCCCUGCUGCAGUACUUUGGCAUCCUGCUGGACCAGGGCCAGCUCAACAAGUUUGAGUCCCUAGAGCUGUGCAGACCGGUGCUCCAGCAGGGACGCAAGCAGCUGCUGGAGAAGUGGCUCAAGGAGGACAAGCUGGAGUGCUCAGAGGAACUGGGGGACCUAGUGAAGUCUGUGGACCCCACACUGGCCCUCAGCGUCUACCUGAGGGCCAACGUCCCAAACAAGGUCAUCCAGUGUUUUGCAGAGACGGGCCAGUUCCAGAAGAUUGUCCUCUACGCUAAGAAGGUGGGGUACACCCCGGACUGGAUCUUCCUGCUCAGGAACGUGAUGCGCAUCAGUCCGGAGCAGGGCCUGCAGUUCUCCCAGAUGCUGGUCCAGGACGAGGAGCCACUGGCUGACAUCACACAGAUCGUGGACGUGUUCAUGGAGUACAACCUGAUCCAGCAGUGCACCUCCUUCCUGCUGGACGCCCUGAAGAACAACCGGCCCACCGAGGGCCCGCUGCAGACGCGCCUGCUGGAGAUGAACCUGGUGCACGCCCCCCAGGUUGCCGACGCUAUUCUGGGCAACCAGAUGUUCACCCACUACGACCGCGCCCACGUGGCCCAGCUGUGCGAGAAGGCGGGCCUCCUGCAAAGGGCGCUGGAGCACUACACCGACCUGUACGACAUCAAGCGGGCCGUGGUGCACACGCACCUGCUCAACCCUGAGUGGCUGGUGAACUUCUUCGGCUCCCUGUCAGUGGAGGACUCCCUGGAGUGCCUGCGGGCCAUGCUGUCGGCCAACAUCCGGCAGAACCUGCAGAUCUGCGUCCAGGUGGCCUCCAAGUACCACGAACAGCUCUCCACGCAGUCCCUCACCGAGCUCUUUGAGUCCUUCAAGAGCUUCGAGGGCCUCUUCUAUUUCCUGGGCUCCAUCGUGAACUUCAGCCAGGACCCCGAGGUCCACUUCAAGUACAUCCAGGCGGCCUGCAAGACAGGCCAGAUCAAGGAGGUGGAGCGCAUCUGCCGCGAGAGCAACUGCUACGACCCCGAGCGCGUCAAGAACUUCCUCAAGGAGGCCAAGCUGACGGACCAGCUGCCUCUGAUCAUCGUGUGCGACCGCUUCGACUUCGUCCACGACCUGGUGCUGUACCUCUACCGCAACAGCCUGCAGAAGUACAUCGAAAUCUAUGUGCAGAAGGUGAACCCUAGCCGCUUGCCCGUGGUCAUUGGGGGGCUGCUGGACGUGGACUGUGCCGAGGACGUCAUCAAGAACCUGAUCAUGGUGGUGCGGGGGCAGUUCUCCACCGACGAGCUGGUGGCCGAGGUGGAGAAGAGGAACAGACUGAAGCUGCUGCUGCCCUGGCUGGAGGCCCGCAUCCACGAGGGCUGCGAGGAGCCGGCGACGCACAACGCCCUGGCCAAGAUCUACAUCGACAGCAACAACAACCCGGAGCGCUUCCUGCGGGAAAACCCCUUCUACGACAGCCGUGUGGUGGGCAAGUACUGCGAGAAGAGGGACCCCCACCUGGCCUGCGUGGCCUACGAGAGGGGCCAGUGCGACCAGGAGCUCAUCCACGUCUGCAACGAGAACUCUCUGUUCAAGAGUCUGUCUCGCUACCUAGUGCGUCGCAAAGACCCCGAGCUGUGGGCCAGCGUGCUGCUGGAGACCAACCCUUACAGGAGACCCCUGAUCGACCAGGUGGUGCAGACCGCCCUCUCGGAGACCCAGGACCCGGAGGAGGUGUCGGUCACGGUCAAGGCCUUCAUGACGGCCGACCUACCCAACGAGCUCAUCGAGCUGCUGGAGAAGAUCGUCCUGGACAACUCUGUGUUCAGCGAGCACCGGAACCUGCAGAACCUGCUGAUCCUGACUGCCAUCAAGGCGGACCGCACACGCGUCAUGGAGUACAUCAACCGCCUGGACAACUACGACGCCCCCGACAUCGCCAACAUCGCCAUCAGCAACGAGCUAUUCGAGGAGGCCUUCGCCAUCUUCAAGAAGUUUGACGUCAACACCUCGGCUGUGCAGGUUUUGAUCGAGCACAUCGGGAACCUGGACCGGGCCUACGAGUUUGCCGAGCGCUGCAACGAGCCGCCGGUGUGGAGCCAGCUGGCCAAGGCGCAGCUGCAGAAGGGGCUGGUGAAGGAGGCCAUUGACUCUUACAUCAAGGCGGACGACCCCUCCGCCUACAUGGAGGUCGGCCAGGCGGCCGCACAGAGCGGUAACUGGGAGGACCUGGUGAAGUUCCUCCAGAUGGCUCGUAAGAAGGCCCGAGAGUCCUACGUGGAGACGGAGCUGAUCUUCGCCCUGGCCAAGACCAACCGCCUGGCUGAGCUGGAGGAGUUCAUCAACGGCCCAAACAACGCCCACAUCCAGCAGGUGGGCGACCGUUGCUACGACGACAAGAUGUACGACGCGGCCAAGCUGCUGUACAACAACGUGUCCAACUUCGGCCGGCUGGCCUCCACGCUGGUGCACCUCGGGGAGUUCCAGGCUGCCGUUGACGGGGCGCGCAAGGCCAACAGCACCCGCACCUGGAAGGAGGUGUGCUUCGCCUGUGUGGAUGGGAAGGAGUUCCGGCUGGCCCAGAUGUGCGGUCUCCACAUCGUGGUGCACGCUGACGAGCUGGAGGAGCUCAUCAAUUACUACCAGGACCGUGGCUACUUCGAGGAGCUGAUCACCAUGCUGGAGGCGGCGCUGGGCCUGGAGCGAGCCCACAUGGGCAUGUUCACCGAGCUGGCCAUCCUCUACUCUAAGUUCAAACCCAAGAAGAUGAGGGAGCACCUGGAGCUCUUCUGGUCCCGGGUCAACAUCCCAAAGGUGCUGCGGGCGGCGGAGCAGGCCCACCUGUGGGCGGAGCUGGUGUUCCUGUACGACAAGUACGAGGAGUACGACAACGCCAUCAUCACCAUGAUGAGCCACCCCUCCGAUGCCUGGAAGGAGGGCCAGUUCAAAGACAUCGUCACCAAGGUGGCCAACGUUGAGCUGUACUACAAAGCCACUCAGUUCUACCUGGAGUUCAAGCCCCUGUGCCUCAACGACCUGCUCAUUGUGCUGUCUCCCAGGCUGGACCACACGCGCGCCGUCAACUACUUCAGCAAGGUCAAGCAGCUGCCCUUGGUGAAACCGUACCUGCGGUCGGUCCAGAACCACAACAACAAAUCUGUGAACGAGGCGCUGAACAACCUCUUCAUCACAGAGGAAGACUAUGCAGCCCUGCGCGCAUCCAUCGACGCCUACGACAACUUUGACAACAUCUCGCUGGCCCAGGGGCUGGAGAAGCACGAGCUGAUCGAGUUCAGGAGGAUCGCGGCGUAUCUCUUCAAGGGCAACAACCGCUGGAAGCAGAGCGUGGAGCUGUGCAAGAAGGACAAGCUUUACAAGGAUGCCAUGCAGUACGCGUCCGAGUCAAAGGACACGGAGCUGGCGGAGGAGCUGCUGGCCUGGUUCCUGGAGGAGGAUAAGAAGGAGUGCUUCGCCGCCUGCCUCUUCACCUGCUACGACCUGUUACGGCCCGACGUGGUGCUGGAGACCGCCUGGCGCCACAACCUCAUGGACUUCUCCAUGCCCUACUUCAUCCAAGUCAUGAGGGAGUACCUCAGCAAGGUUGAUGCGAUAAAGGAAAAGGUCGACCAGCUCGAGGCCUCUGAAUCUCUGAGGAAACAGGAGGAGCAGGCCACCGAGGCCCAGCCCAUCGUCUAUGGCACCCCCCAGCUGAUGCUGACCUCGGGGAACAACGUGGCCGCUCCCCCCCAGCAGCCCUACGGUUACGGCUACCCGGCGGCCCCCGGAGGCUACUCCCAGCCCGCACAGCCCGGCUUCAGCUACGGCAUGUGAUCUCCCCCCCUCCCCCCAAAACACACCUUCAUCUACAACCAUCCUGUCUCUCUCUCCCUCCCUCUCUCCUAUGUCUCUCUCCCUCCCUCUCUCUGUCUCUCCUGCUGCCCUCUUUGUCUCUCUCUCUCUCUCUCUUGCUCUCUCUCUCUCUCUCCGUCUCUAUCUAUACUCGUGUUCCUCACCAGCUCACCAGGGUCUUCUACUGAAGGGUCUGCGACUAACGGCCCACACUCGUUUUAAACACCUUUUUUAUUUCUUUACUUUUUUUAUCAUGGUUUAUUGUAACCCUACUGAAGGACUUUUGUUUGCGUUAAGAGGCGAACCAAGAGGCUGGGGACCGUAUGAUGUUAUUGUUUAGUAUUUUUCUCACAUUCCAUAUUUAUGACUACUUGUUAUUUAGACUGUUUUUGUUUUUGUUGUGUAUGUUUAUGUAUAAUUAUUAUUUUUUAAACUGUGGUGUAUUGUGGAGGUGGACUGGAAGCUGAGCAGUGAACCUUUUGAAGUGUGCUGGGAAGCGGUGAUUUGCACUCUUGUUGUGAGCAGCAAUGAUUUACAGAAAGCUCUUAAUUUAGUGAUAAAUUGACCUUGUGAAAGUUGUCCAUUGUCUGUAUAAUGCAUUUCAUCAAUGUAUAUUAUGAGGAAGAGUAAAGAAAAACGUUACAUAUAAUAUUUGAACAUAUAUUUGGCCACUCGGAUGGCUAUAGCUAGCAAAACACUAAGUAACGAUAGUAUAUUGUGCACAGGCGUGUGGCUUUAUGGAGUUUUAACGCAUACCUGUGGGUUGAAGAAGGGAGUCCGUUGACACGUGUUUACGUGCACGCCUGUGUGUAUGUGUGCUUGUGUAUAUGAGUGUAUGUGUGUUAGCCGAAGAUCAAAAUAAUAGUUUUAAGCCCCCCUUCUCUCGGCCUGUGCGAAGCUAUAUCCCAACCCCUCAAUGUUAGCUCUUUGACGUCGGCUCAGCGUAUAUCGGUGAACUCUUGUACUGUGCUUGUGCGUGAGACCGCGUCUGUCUACGGGCAGGAAGGGGUGUGUGUGUGUGUGUGUGUGUGUGUGUGUGUGUGUGUGUGUGUGUGUGUGUGUGUGUGUGUGUGUGUGUGUGUGUGUGUGUGUGUGUGUGUGUGUGUGUGUGUGUGUGUGUGUCCCUCCUGCAGAGGUCUGGUUUGUGUGUAUAUGCCAGGUGUUGUGGUGUUCCCCGCCCCACUUUCUCUCUCUAGGUCACCAGUACUAUUAUUAUUUUUUUUUUUCUCUGUGUGUACAGCUCUGAAAAAAACAUAUGAAUAUGAAUCAGGAACUUGUUUUGAUGAGGACUUGUCCUCGGACCGCCCGGCGCCCGCCCUGUCUGCUCUCCUCUUCUUUUUGUAGGCGUGCUCCGUGCCGCCGGCACACACACACAAAAAGACACACCCAUGGGAGGAUAAUAAGCCCCCCCCCCGGACCACCCUGGAGGGGGAGGGGGACAGGGCGGUGGAACGCUUGGUGUCCUAAUGUCCACUUGAAUAGAUCCUUAAAACACUCCUGUAGGUUUAUGUGUUUAGAUGGUAAGAAACUAGGUCUUCGUGCUUCGAACAAUACUUUGUCCAGAAUGGUUAUGAAAUAAAGAAAAUGUCUGUAUUUACCUCGAUGUACUUCCUUAAAGGCUUUUGAGAUGUGUGUGUGUUUGUGUGUAUGUGUGUAUACAUCGUCACCCUUAUAAUGUGAAUUCCUUUCUAUGGUCAUAUUACAGUGAAGGGAUUAAGGAAGGUUAUGAUUACUUUGAAAGGGAUAUACAAGCCAGAGUACCUAAAAUAUUAAUAAACACUAAAACACAAAGGUACAAUGUGUGGCUGUGCUGUGGCCUGCUUCUUUCUGACGUUCCGUGUAGCACCGUGUCGUGGAACACUGCCGUGUAACACUGUGGAGUAGUUUGAAGUGUUUUUCUCUCUUCAGUGACUCGUACGCCUGUAUUGUUUACACACAAAGGAAACCCAUCAAGUUCAACUUCGAAUUUAUUCCAAACGUUUCCGUAACUGUUCUAGUUUUAUGUCUAUGGAAAUACACAAUGCACAGUGUGGGAAGGCAAGGCAACUCUAUUUAUAUAGCACUUUUCAUACACGAGGUAGACUCAAAGUGCUUCACAUAACUGGUAUGAGAGUAUAUAUCGUCAUGGGGUCACACAAACGGCUGCCAGCUC